AUGCCUGGCUUCGCAACGCUGCCCCCAGCCCGCCCCUCCCUCUUCGCCCCCGGCCCACAGGGCCGUUCUCGUCGGCAGCAAAGCCGCCCCUGGCCCCGGCCACCCGAGCCCGGGCGCCCUGCAGUCCUGGCCGACCGCCGGGCCCCCGCGCCCAGGUCCGAAGAGCCACGAGGGGGCACUGGUGCUGCGCCUCUUCAGCGCAUGCCUGGAUUCGCAACGCUGCCCCCCGCCCGCCCCUCACUAUUCGCCCCCGCCCCACAGGGCCAUUGCCGUCGGCAACAAGGCCAAACGCGGCCCCGGCAGCCCAGGCCCGUCCGCACCACAGGCCCGCCCGAAUGCCCGGACCCCCGCCCAGGGCUGAACAGCCAGGAGGGGGCAUUGGUACUGCGCCUCUUAAGCGUACUCCUGUCUUCGCAACACUGCCCCCUGCCAGCCCCUCCCUCUUCGCCCCCGCCCCACAGGGCUAUUGCCGUCGGCAACAAGGCCCAACACGACCCCGGACGGUCGGGCCCUGCCUCCCUGCAGGCCUGCCCGAACGCCAGGCAGCCGCGCCCGGGCCCGAACAGCCACGAGGGGGACUGGUGCUGUGCGUCUUCAGCGCACGCCUGGCUUCGCAACGCUGCCCCCCGCUCGCGCCUCACUCUUCGCCCCCAGCCCACAGGGCCGUUGCAGUCGGCAACAAGUCCUCCACGGCCACGGCCGCUUGGGCCUGGCCGCCCUGCAGGCCCGCCCAAAGGCCGGGCCACCGCGCCCGGGCCCGAAGAGCCACAAGGGGUCACUGGUGCUGUGCCUCUUCAGCGCACGCCUGGGUUCUCAACGCUGCCCCCCGCCCGCCGCUAA